AUGACACAUCAAAGAGCGCGACUUACAAAAUCUAAAUCAGCUUCUUCUACUACUGCACUUCAGACAUUAGAAAUAACUACAACAGCUGUUGUUACUGAUAAUGACCAAACAUUAGAGGAUGUAGAUAGCCGCAAACAGCUACAUCACCAUCACUACCAUCAUAUACGUUCACCUGCAUUUGUGGCCAAUAGUUCACCUUUGCCUUCUCCUGAGCAACUAGAGACAACAGAACUAUUACCUCCUCCUUUGAAAUGUACCUCAGAGGCUGUAGUUGCACUUCAGGAUGCAGUCAAAGAAGCAAAUGAAAAUAUAAAGAAACCAACUGUGCCUGUUACUGAAUGUGAGAUACUUCAAAGCUCCUUUUUCUCUGCUAUUUUGUUGAUUCAAUGGUCAAAUGUAAUUGGACCCAAAGUGGAUAAAGUAUGGUCGGCGGAACCAGUAGAUGAGAAGACGCAGAUGAUGAUUGCCAGACAAGUGCUCAAUGGAGAGAUAGGCUCUUGUUCAAUUGAGUCCAAAUGGGUAUUGCUACAAUCUAUGAUGUGUACAGCGUUUUUAUUCGAAGAUCCUACCGUUCGAUCAUUAUUUGCUAUUGUCUUGGUGGUGCCUACAAGAUACCAAAAGAACUUUUCACAAUAUUUUCAAUUGCUCAAAGACCGUGUGCCAAUUCAGUUAGUUCAACCUCUUAUUCAUUUACGAAAGAUGCAGAAAAGAGAGAGUAUUGCGUGGUCAACAGUAUUAGAUUAUUUUACCGUCAACUGGCUAAUACCCUUUGUGACAUCCAUCAUGGAUUUAGAAUCAGUUUCUUUACCUAUGGAUUGUAUAAAGACUAGUAAUACAAUGUUGGAUAAUGAAUCAAAACAGAUGCUAGAUUCACCGUUUAUUGCCAAGUUUGUAAACUUAUUAUUUCUUUAA